AUGUCGAUCUCAGAGGAGCUAGCGGCGUCGCUGGGAGUGGCUCCCUCCCUGAUCACCCUCCUGCUCUGCCUCUUCUCGUCCAUCCCCGCGGCUCUGGUCGUGCGCUUCUUCCCGGGUCCCACGCUGAAGCAUCUCUACAGCAUUGCCGCCGGAGGGGCUCUCUGCUGGGUGGCGUAUGGCGGCCUUCACGGCAAGUCUCAUAACCCUCUGUGGUUCCUAGCAGCAUACGCGUGUUCCAAUUCAGUGGUUCUCGUCGCAACGAGCCUCAACUUCUGGGGCCUCACCCUCGCGUCGUACGCGCUCAUGCUCGUCCUUCCUCGCAAGUGGAGCGGCUACGGCGUGCUCUUUGGCUCCUUCACCUACCUCACCUACUGUCACAUAAGCAACCUGGGAGCGGACGUGUGGAGGCAGGGAGGCGUGGACUUCACGGGCACACUCAUGGUGUUCACGCUUAAGAUCUCUGGGUGCGCCAUGGACUACCAGGACGGCGCACUGCCAGAGGACAAGGCGCAGCGCCGCACGUACAGCAACAGGCUGGCGCGGCUGCCGUCGGUGGUGGAGUUUGUGUCGUUCGUGUUCUUCCCAGGCGCCGCGCUGGUGGGACCCGUGUUCAACCUCAAGCAGUACCAGGCUUAUGCCGCUGGGCAAGGGCUAUGGUCGCCCUCUGGGGCAGUGGUGCCAAGCAAGGCAGCCGACUCCAGCAAGGGGGAGGAGGGGCAGCAGGCGGAGAACGGAAAGGGGGAGGCGGACAGGGCGCAGGGCGAGGAGGUGUGCGAGGGGAAGGGCGAGGGGAAGGGCGAGGGGAAGGGCGAGGGGAAGGGCGAGGGGAAGGGCGAGGGGAAGCUGCGAAAGAUGCCGGAGCCGCUGCCGUAUGCAGCACAGGCGCUGGGGAAGGCAAUCAUUUUCCUGGCGAUGCACCACUUCCUCUCCCAGCACUUCGGCCCUGCCCUGCUCUUCCAGCCCCGCUUCCUCACCUACGGUUUUGCAUACAAGUGGGGCUGCCUGGUGAUGGCGGGUAUCGGCUUCCGCUGCUCCUACUACUUCAUCUGGAGUGUGGCGGAGGCCGCAUUGAUCCUCUCUGGAUUCGGCUUCUCCGGCUGGACCGACUCCUCCCCCUCGCGUCCAGACUGGAGCCGGGCAAAGAACGCCAAUUUCAUCAAGUGUGAGAUCACCACAAGUAUGGCGCAGACGACUGCCUACUGGAACAUGGGCGUCGGCACCUGGCUCCGCACCUACGUGUACGACCGGGUGACACCUCGCUCGGGCAAGCCCACCAUGUGGACGCUCGUUUUCACUCAAGUCGUCUCUGCGCUCUGGCAUGGUCUUCAACCAGGCUACUACCUCUUCUUUGUCAAUGGUGCCAUCGGCCAACACACCUCCAAGCUGGCAUUCCGGCACACGGCAGCAGCAUUCCCGGAGCCAUCAGCAGCAGUGAAGGCCAUCCUGGACGUGCUGCAAGCCGCGUUCAAAAUGCUCAUCGUCAACUACUCCUUCGCUGGCUUCCUGGACCAUGGGAAAGAGGAGCAUGGGAAAGAGGAGCAUGGGAAAGAGGAGCAUGGGAAAGAGGAGCAUGGGAAAGAGGAGCAUGGGAAAGAGGAGCAUGGGAAAGAGGAGCAUGGGAAAGAGGAGCAUGGGAAAGGGGAGCAUGGGAAAGGGGAGCAUGGGAAAGGGGAGCAUGGGAAAGGGGAGGUGAAAGGGAAAGGGAAAGAGGAGCAUGCCCGCGUGGUAACAGAUGGGGCAGCCAUGUCCAAGCAGCUCAUCGUGAACCACUCCUUCGCUGGCUUCCUCGUGAGAAAGGCCUUCGCUGGCUUCCUCGUGAGAAAGGAGAAAGAGGAACUCCUCUCUGCCUCUCUGGUGCUGCAAGCGGGGCAAGCCAUAGUGGUGUGGCGUUCACUCCUCUUCAUGGGCAUGAUCGUCCCUGUGUGUGUCUCUCUCUCUCUCAUGCGCCGCAUCCCUUUUCUCUCCCAUUCCUUUAGCCUGCCCCCCUCUUCCAUCCCCCCUCUCCCAUCCGCUCCUUUCCUGUGGCUGUGA